CGCAGCAUCCCGACGCCUCCACACACUCCCACCCAAAACCCUAGCCGCCGCCGCCUCCUUCCAGGUAAGGAGAGGCCAAUCACCCCCGCCGCCGCCAUGAAGCGCAACCCCCGCGUCACGAGCUCCCGCCGGAAGUGCCGCAAGGCGCACUUCACGGCGCCGUCCUCCGUCCGCCGCGUGCUCAUGUCCGCGGCCCUCUCCUCGGAGCUGCGCCACAAGUACAACGUCCGCUCCAUCCCCAUCCGCAAGGACGACGAGGUGCAGGUGGUGCGCGGUACCUUCAAGGGCCGCGAGGGAAAGGUGGUGCAGGUCUACCGCCGCCGCUGGGUCAUCCACGUGGAGCGGAUCACCAGGGAGAAGGUGAACGGAUCCACUGUGAACGUCGGCAUCCACCCCAGCAAGGUCGUCGUCACGAAGCUGAAGCUCGACAAGGACCGCAAGGCACUCCUCGACCGCAAGGCCCGCGGCCGCGCGGCCGACAAGGCCAAGGGCAAGUUCACCGCCGAUGACGUCGCCGCCGCUGCCGGAGGAGCCGCCGCCACCGGCGCCUCGCUCCAGGAGAUUGAUUAAGAUCCCGGGAUCUGCUGGUUGUCAUACUGUCUCCCUAUCUAGCUUUUAAUCACCACCGCAUCUGUUAGGACAUGAAAAACCGCUGCUUUAUUCGUAUGAUGUUCGUCUAUGAGAGUUUUGGAACCUUAAUGUGCAUCUAUCAUAUGGCUGUGCCUUCCUUGAAUUUUGGUAUGAAGACUUUAUUAUAUGUUUAAUUCCUUGUGCUUAGUCUUCGUUCAGAUCUGAAUAAUAUCUUUUUCUUUUA